AUGGCCACUCAAGUUCCUCGUGUUCCAACAUCGCAGCUGUUCUCCCUUGAAGGCAAAACAGUCAUCGCAACUGGAGGUACAGGGGGACUUGGUUUGGAAAUUUGCAUCGCUCUGGCAGAGAGCGGAGCCGAUAUUGUGUCCAUUCAUCUUCCGCAAGACCCCGGCCAGGGCGCGCUGGAAGAAGGAGUGAGAAAAGUUGGGAGGAAAGUAACUGGUUUCGCGUGCGAUGUCGGAGACUCGAACCAACUUCGGGCGACGUUCGAUCGCAUGUGGAAGUCGAGCAUCGUACCGGAUAUUCUUUUGAAUUGUGCGGGCUUAAACCGGAGGGGCCCGAUCGAGGAAGUGACCGAUGACCAAAUUGACCUAAUCAUCUCAGUUAACUUGAAAGGGGCCUACAUCGCUGCUCAAGAAUUCGGAAAACGUUUAAUUGAACUUGCCCGGCCAGGAAAGAUCAUCAACUUCGGUUCUUUUACAUCUUUCGUGGCAAUGACAAAUGUCUCAGUAUAUGCGGCCACCAAAGGGGGAGUUUUACAAAUGACCAAAGCCUUUAGCAAUGAAUGGGCAUGUCACGGGAUUCAAGUAAACUGUAUUUGUCCUGGGUACAUAAAAACUCCCCUGGCGCAAGCACUUCUGGAUAAGUAUCCCGAGAUGGAGGAGUACAUUGUCAAUCGCACCCCGUGUGGAAGAUGGGGUCAUCCUUCAGACCUUCGUGGUACUGCUCUGUUUCUCAGUAGUCCGGCCUCCGAUUUCGUUACUGGGACAAGUAUAGUCGUUGAUGGAGGAAUGAUGUUUCGAUGA